CAUGAUCCUCACAGUGCUGCCUGCUUUGUCCAGCUGACCAAUCUGUGUUUUUCUGUGUUUGAGGUGGAAUGUAUGGCUAAGUUGAUGUUGACGUGAAUUUGAAAACAUGGAGGCAUCUAAUGACAAAGAAGAGGAAGUUCCUUGCUCUGAAACAACUUUAUGCAAGGAACAAGAGGGCAAGAGGAAACAACAGAACGAAGAACCCGGACCAUCCUGUCUGUCCUUCAAGAGCAGCCACUCAAAAGAUCCCAUUGUUAGUUUUAAUCUUGACCAACCUUCAGAUGCAAAGAGACUUGAUCAGAUCUCUGACGUUGGUCAACCUCCCCAUGAGCAUCAAAUGAAUCUGGGCUCCAUAUUUAUGGAACUGGAGAAAAAGAUUGUGAUGUUUGUGAAGUAUGAGCUAAAGGAAAUCCAAAAGGUCUUGUGUUCAGAUUACCCCGAAUGUUCUGAGGGUCUGGAAGAGGAUGAGAGGGUGUCUGGAAAUAAGGAUGAAAAGCAGAGCAGCAGCAGCAGGAGCAGUAGAGAGGCAUUUUUAAAGAUCACUGUUGACUUCUUGAGAAUGAUGAAUCGAGAUGACCUAGCUGACCUUCUGCAGAGCAAGUCAUUCAUCACAUGUCAACAAACACUAAAGUCUAACCUAAAGAAGAAGCUCCAGUUUGUGUUUGAAGGAAUUGCUAAAUCAGGAAAUCAAACCUUCCUAAAUCAGAUUUACACAGAGCUCUACAUCACAGAAGGAGACUCUGGAGAUGUCAAUAAUGAACAUGAGGUCAGACAGAUUGAAUCAGUGUCCUGGAAACCAGACAGACCAGAAACAACAAUUAGACAUGAAGACAUAUUUAAACAUUCACCUGAUAGAGAUGAACCAAUCAGAGCAGUGAUGACAAAGGGAGUGGCUGGCGUUGGGAAAACAGUCCUAACACAGAAGUUCACUCUGGACUGGGCAGAAGACCAAGUCAACCAGGACAUCCAGUUCACGUUUCCAUUCACAUUCAGAGAGUUGAAUCUGUUAAAAGACCAGCAGUUCAGCUUGGUGAAGCUUGUUCACCAUUUUUUUAGUGAAACCAGAGGAAUCUCCAGAUUUGAAGAGUUAAAGGUUGUGUUCAUUUUUGAUGGUUUGGAUGAGAGUCGACUUCCACUGGACUUCAACAACAAUGAGAUCCUGACAGAUGUAAGAAAGUCCACCUCAGUGGAUGUUCUUCUGACAAACCUCAUUAGCGGGAACCUGCUUCCCAAAGCUCACCUCUGGAUAACCACACGACCUGCAGCAGCUAAUAAGAUCCCUCCUGAGUUUGUUGGCAAGAUGACAGAGAUUAGAGGAUUCACUGACCCACAGAAAGAUGAGUACUUCAAAAAAAGAUUUAAAUAUAAGGAGGCCAGAAUGGUAAUCUACCACAUAAAGAAAUCAAGAACCCUCCACAUCAUGUGCCACAUCCCAAUCUUCUGCUGGAUCACUGCUACAGUUGUGGAAGACAUGUUGAACAAGAAAGACAAAGAGCUGCCAAAGACCCUGACUGAGAUGUACAUUCACUUCUUGGUAGUGCAGAACAAACUGAAGGUCAUCAAGUAUGAUGGUCUUCAGUGUGAGACAGAUUCACACUGGAGCGCAGAGAGCCGGAAAAUGAUUGAGUCGUUGGGAAAAAUGGCUUAUGAACAGCUGAUGAAAGGAAACCUGAUCUUCUAUGAAUCAGACCUGACUGAGUGUGGCAUUGGCAUCAGUACAGCAUCAGUGUGUUCAGGAGUGUUCACACAGAUCUUCAGAGAAGAGAGAGGGCUGUACCAGAACAAAGUGUUCUGCUUCGUCCACCUGAGCGUUCAGGAGUUUCUGGCUGCUCUUCAUGUUCACCUGACUUUCAUCAAAUCUGGAAUCAAUCUGCUGGCAAAAGGUGAAACGAAAUCCAAGGAAUUAGAAAAAAGAAGCCAUGAAUUUCCAGAGACAGACAUUUACAAGAGUGCUGUGGACAUGGCCCUAGAGAGUCCAGAUGGACACCUGGACUUGUUCCUCCGCUUUCUACUUGGUCUUUCAGUGGAGACCAAUAGGCGACACUUAGGAGGUCUUGUAAAACAGACAGAAGAAAGUUUAGCAAUUAAUAAAGACACAGCCCAGUACAUCAAGGAGAAGAUGAAUAAUCACCUGUGUGUUGAAAAAAGCAUCAAUCUGUUCCACUGCCUGAAUGAACUAAAUGAUCAGUCUCUGAUGGAGGAAAUCCAACAAUCUUUAAAUACAGGAAGUCUUUCAGCACACCAGCUGUCUCCUGCUCAGUGGUCAGCUCUGCACUUCAUCCUACUUUCAUCAGAAAAAGGUCUGGAGACAUUUGAUCUGAAGAAAUACUCUGCUUCAGAGAAUGCUUUACUGAGGCUGCUGCCAAUGGUCAAAAUCAUUAGCAAAACUAUACUGAGUGGGUGUAACCUCUCAGAGAGAAGCUGUGAAGCUCUGUCCUCAUUGCUCAGCUCAACAUCCUCUAGUCUCAGAGAUCUGGACCUGAGUAACAAUGACCUGACAGAUUCAGGAGUGAAGCUGCUGUGCAAUGGACUGAUGAGUCCUAACUGUGAACUCAAAAUUCUGAGGCUUUCAGGCUGCCUGAUCACAGACGAAGGCUUUGCUGCUCUGGCCUCAGCUCUGACUAUGAACCCGUCUCACCUGAAGGAGCUGGACCUGAGUUUCAAUUAUCCUAGAGAGGCAGGAAUGGAGAGUCUAGCAGCUAUACUGAAGAAUCCAAGCUUCAGGCUGGAGUCUCUCAACAUGGAGCCUGGAGGAGAAAGAUGGUUGACACCAGGUCUGAGGAAGUAUUCCUGUCCACUAACAGUCGACCUAAACACUGUAAACAGAUUCCUCAAACUUUCUGACAAAAACAGGAAGGUGACACUUGUGGAAGAGGAGCAGCCGUAUCCUGAUCAUCCAGACAGAUUUGAUCUCCAUCAGCUGCUGUGUAUUGAUGGUCUGACUGGUCGCUGUUACUGGGAGGUUGAGUGGGGUGGGAAAGUCUAUGUAUCACUGAGUUACAGGGGAAUCAAUAGAAAAGGAGUAAAUGACGAUUCCUGGUUUGGAUUGAAUGAUAACUCAUGGAAUCUAGUCUGCUCUGAUAAUGGUUACACUGUUUGGCACAAUGGAGAAAAAGCUUUCAUCCCCGUCUCUUCCUACUCCUCGUCUCCCUCUGGCAGAGUAGCGGUGUAUGUGGACUGUCCUGCUGGGACUCUGUCCUUCUACAGAGUCUCUUCAGAUACACUGAUCCACAUCUACACUGCCAACACCAAAUUCACUGAACCUCUUUAUCCUGGAUUUGGAUUUGAUAACAAGACAGGUUCUUGGAUGUCUUUGUGUUCACUUUAAGCUCCCAAGUUUUAGUUAUUGUCAUCAUUCAUCUUGACUAAACUAUCACAACAAAUAUAACAUAUUUUCCAGUGUCUUCAGACACACAGAUCCACAUCUACACCUUCAACACCAAAUUCACUAAAACACUUUAUCCUGGAUUUGCAUGCAGGAAUCGUUGUAUGGGUCUUGGUUCUUGUUUUAGAGUAAUCUUUUCUAAGUUAGAACAAAUCUAACUUUACAUGUGUUUCUUGGUUUUAGAUUAACAUUCUUUGUAAAAAUUUGUUCAAACAGCUUAAAUAAUCAUAAAGUGCUUCACAAUAGAUACUACAGUCUGCAGGAACUCCAGCACCACCC